AUGCAGAUUAGCCGGAAGUAUGUCGGGAUUGAAAACGCAGGAGUAUUAAGGGAAUGGAUCGAAAGCGAUGGGCGGCGAGAAAAGAAUACAAAAAUGGCGUCGCCCGGACUCGAACCGGAGACCUUCAGUGUCACCAAACUCAAUCACCAACCAUGUAUGAGUCCUAUUCAUCCUACAAAUCAUUCCAAACCCACCGAAUUUAUCAGCAGAGUGAAGGGAAGGGACUAG